CAGGACUGUGGUUUGGCUUUGCUGCGAGUCAUGCUGUUGUGUCUAUAUGCAGAGGGCUCUGAGGGGAUGGAGAGGAUCAGCUUGUGUCUCUGGUCUAGCCACUCUGAACAGACUCACCUUUGACCCCUGACACCAGAUUCCUGAAGCAGCUUUUGAUCAAACAACGACAAGCCGCUGCCUUGCCCCCCCACCCCACCCCCCUUGUGCUCUCUUUGCAGACAAAAGGCUGGAAUUACUGCCCUACCUCACCAGGUCUGUACAGACUCCUCAACUCAGCACUUGUCUCUUUCAUCCAUAAGUGAAGACAGCUUUUCAAGGUGACCUGUGCCCUCCCCGGUGUCCCAGCAGGCAGGCAUGGCAGACGGUCGGCAGCCAGACGAGCACUGGUCCUCAAACGGUCAAGAGAAUGGCGAGAAUGGCUACUCCGCCUACAGCUCUGCCUACAGGGAGAAUGGAUACCACGGUGGAGCAGCUGCACAUCCUGGAGUGACAGUGGAUGACUCAGCCAAUUUGCCUCCCUCCCCUCCCCCAUCUCCAUCCGCUGAGCAGAUUGGGCCCGUGGCACAAGCCCAGCCAGAAGAAUGUAUCAGUAAGGCAUCGUGUGAGUCGGCUUUGAAAGAAGAUGAACCUCAAGAGGCAUCGCUACCUCAGAAGCAGUUGGUAGUUGAAAGAGAAACCCCCGAAGGUGCAGAUCUCACCUCGACUGAACCUCCACCUCCCUCUGUGAAAGAGAAAGAGCUCUCUGACACCCCCGUAAUUGAGCAGGGUAACCAAGACAGAAAAGAUGUAGUAGAAGAGGCAGCUGAAAGCCACCUGCUUGUGGAGUCCAAAGCAAAAGAAGCAAAACAGUCUUUACUGACAGAGGAGUUAUCAAAUCUUAAGGAGGAAGACAAAGAGGGGAUUACCUCACCAAGCAAAUCGGGAACUCCUUUAAAUGAAAGCAAGGAAAAAACAGAGACGGUUGAAGGGAUAAAUAAGGAGCACCAAGAUAGUGGCACUAACGUAAGAUUACAUGAGACGCCAGUGACUGACAUUCAGAAAGUGGACCAAAGGCAAGAACCAGUCAUCUCAAGUCCAGAACCUGGUACAGAGUUUAAAGCCACUUCAGAUAUGUUUGCAGAACAUGAGUCAGGAGCAAAAACCUACUUCGAGACAUCCUCCAAAAGCCACGAAGCAGAGUCAUCACAAACCCAAAGCUAUUACGAACUCAGCACAGCAGCAGAGACAAAAUUAAGUGAGGAAACUGAAAGCAUUAUCCAGAACCUCGAGGAACAACAUGAGAGAAAAGCCAGAGCAUCCCCUGGUAAGAGGUCAUUACAACAAAGAAGCCUCUCCCUAAACAUUACUGUUGGGUCUGUGGCAAGACAGACAAUGAAAGAAGAGAAGUCGCUGGCCUUCUCCGAAAGCUUGCAUCCAAUCAGUGGAAGCUUUGAUGAAUCUGAGCUUUACCCUUCAACACCAUCUGUGGAAAGCCAACAGCAGCUUCCUCCAGCUGUCUCCAUUACCCCAACUGCUACUGAAUUAUCUGAAGAAGAUGACCUCACCAACGUAGAAACAUCCGAUAAGCACAAAUGUUUUGAACACUCAGGCAGCCUCUCUGAGAUGUUGGAUCUGGCUGGAGCCCUUCCUCGGCUAUCGGUAGAGAGGAGGGAGCUUGAUCACAUGAGACGAAAGUCCGUGCCCACCAAUGUAUCAGCUCUGGUGGGGAGUUCUUUGGCCAAGCUUGCUUUGGGAGAUCAGACCUUGAGACUGGUGAGAGGGGAGAGCCAGCAGGAGGAACUAGGCUACUGUGUCUUCAGUGAGUACUCAGGGCCCAUGCCAUCUCCUGCUGAUGUACCCAGUCCUGGGGACUCUCCGCACCAACGUUUUCCUUCUAUGGAGAGCGAAGUUGAGGAGGAGCUUGGAACCACAGAAGUUGAAGGCGUUCAAAAAGGAAUGCAAGAACAAGAUGAUACAGGAAGUAUCCCUGAGAUCGCUCAAAAAACAGUGUUUGAAAAGAAAGAUGCACCAGUCAAGACGACGCUGAUUCUUGAAAAAGCUGUGACAAGUGUAGGAAAACCUGAUCGCCUAAGAAUCCCAUUAACUGCUUCAAAAGAAAGACUGACUGAGUUUCGUUUGGAGAGUGGCCUGCCUGGUGACAUAAAGAUCCAAGCAAUCCCUGAGGUAGACGUUGAAAAAGACCCCUCCAGAGAGGCUUCUCCCAUCCCACCAGACAAUUCCUUUACUUUCACUCUUACAGAAACUGGAAGCAAAGCCCCCCUAACUCCCACCUCCCCCAAGUCUCCAGAUGAUACACCCUCAAAAGCCCAAGUCACUGGAGAGAAGGCAAUGAAAGAUGUAUUACCAGAGAUCAAAUCAGAGAAGGAUCCAGAGUCUGAGAAGAUUGAUAAUAAACAGACAGAGUUAGAUGAACAAAUACAGAUAUCAGAGGACUCAGAAGAAAGAAGGGAUGAACCAGAAAUGGCAAACUCAGACAUACCUUCAGCAUCAUUUCAGUCUUUAGGAGAGAGCACAAAAAAAGAUGACAAAAAGAUAACACAUGAGCAUGGGACACCUACAAGAUUAGAAAUAAUAGAAACCCAGGAGACCUCAAAAGCUGUUCAGGAUUUAAGCAUUGUGGAUAAAGGCUCACCAAAGCCAAAACUAUCCUCCCCAAUCAUCAUUAUACCUCAAGCACAAGUAGAGGAAGAAGCAGAUGAAGAGGAUGAUAUUGAGAUUGCUGAAGAGCCUCAAGAGAUGAUGGAGGAAGGUGAAGUGUCAGUGCUCCCCAAGACAAAUCAAGCAGAGGAGGGUCUAAUCAGAGAAGUUGGGAAAGAAGAGCAAAAGAAAGAGGUGGUGAGGCUGACGGUAGGCGAUCAGAUGGUGGAAGAAGAUCCCAAGUCUGGAGCAGAAGAAUGGAGUCAUAGUGCCCAAAACAGUGAUGAUGGGGAGCUUGCGACAGACAGUUCCCACUUGUCUCCAUGCUCUGAGCAUGAUCAACCGGUCGAAGGUGGCACAGAUGAAGGGAUGGGUGAGGAUAAAAAAGAGGAACAAACAAAUAGGGAUAAAUGGGAAAAAGGGGAGUGCGCAGCGGUAAAGGAAGACCAAACAGGAGUGCAGAAAGUGGAGGACGUUGGUGCUGAUGAUAUAGGUGAAGAGAAAGAGGUGAAAGCGGUGGAUAAAGAGCAUGAGGGGGAAGAGAGGAUGGGCGAGGUGGAGAAAGACAUCGAGAUUGGUCAGGAGGUGGAAGAGACCUCUGAUGUGCUCUACCAGGAAGCUAACGAUGAAACCACCAUGGACGUCUCCAUCCUAGAUACAGACAGUGGCUGGAUGGACUCACAAGAUGAUGACAAAAGUAUCAUGACUGAGCAAUUCGAAGCCCUUCCUCAAACCCAGAGUCCAGCCAGAACACCUGUGGUGGACAGACCCGCUAAACGGGGCCCUGGCAGAGGAAGGGGCCGACCUGGCACCACUGAGAGUAAAGCGUUUCGCAAAAUACCCAGCCACCAUCCACCAAGAGAGGAGAUGAAGAAGAAAAAAGUAGGGGUGAGGAGGGCUGACCAGAAUAAGGUGUCAGCCCUCCAAUGUCGUUCUCCAUCUCGAAAGAGUGUAGCCAAAGCGGCGGCCAGACAUCCUAGGCCUGCUCUGCUUCACGGCUCUGCUAGACGCAAGGCCACAGGUAUGGAAAGCCAUCAGCCCCUCAGUGUGGCACACCAGUCCAGGGAAAGGACCACUAGCCCCACAAGGGCAGUUCUGUUAAAGAUGGCAGUUCAGCGUCGGGGAUCCAAUCACCAGCCCCCCCGGCCCGGCUCUGCCUGUAGCAUUAAACGGAGCCCUCUGGUGGAGGCGGAGCUCCGUGAGGCUCGCCCCUCCUCUGCAUGUGCCCACCCGUCCUCUGUGCCAAACAAAUGGGCAGAGCAGGAGAGAGCAUACCGCAGCCCAGAGAAGAGGUCGUCCCUGCCCAGGCCUGCCAAAUCUCUGACACGCCAUAUCCCUGCUGCUGAACAAGAAGACAACAGCACCCCCUCCAGGCCAACCUGUACAGACUCGGCACGGUCCCGAUCAGUCCGUAGCGGGACCUCCACCCCUGGCUCCUCCGCCGUCACACCCGGCACACCCCCCAGCUACUCCUGCCGCACCCCCGGCUCACGCACCCCCGGCAGCCACACACCCAAGUCCUUCAGCAUCCUCCAGGAGAAGAAGGUGGCGGUGAUCCGAACCCCGCCCAAGUCUCCUUCCUCUGCCCAGCGGCAGCUGAAGGUUCUCAAUCAGCCCCUGCCUGACCUGAAGAAUGUAAAGUCCAAGAUCGGGUCCACCGCCAACUUGAAGCACCAGCCGAAAGGCGGACAGGUUGAAAUUUUGAACGAGAAGCUGGACUUCAGUCAUGUUCAGUCAAAGUGCGGCUCCAUGGAUAAUCUGAAGCACACGCCCAAAGGAGGCAAUGUCAUGAUUCCAAGUGUUAAACUGGACUUUAGCCACGUUCAGGCUAAAUGUGGCUCCCUGGACAAAAUCCAGCACGCAGCAGGCGGGGGAAACGUCCAAAUCCAGACCAAGAAGAUCGACUUGAGCCACAUCACCGCCAAAUGUGGCUCCAUGUCCAACAUCCACCACAGACCAGGAGGAGGUCAUGUGCGUAUUGAGAAUGUGAAGCUGGACUUUAAAGAGAAGGCCCAUGCCAAGGUCGGCUCCCUGGGCAACACCAGCCACACUCCUGGAGGGGGAAAUAUUACGAUUGAGAGCCACAAGCUGACCUUCCGGGAAACAGCCAAGGCUCGGGUGGAUCACGGUGCAGAAAUCAUCGUCACCCACUCCCCUGGGGUCGAGACGGGAGGCACUUCCCCUCGCCUGUCCUCCUCCGGCAGCAUCAACAUCCUGGAGUCGCCCCAGCUCUCCACGCUGGCCCAGGAUGUCACCGCCGCCCUGGCCAAGCAGGGCUUAUGAGCGGGCUGCCCUCCGCCCCCCCUAGUUUCAAAUACCCUCCAACACCCACUCCGUUACUCCUCUUCCCAUCGAUCUCAUUCACUCAUCAGCAUCUUGUGUUCUCUCAAGAUCCCUCAGUGCAACACGACCCCCACAGGUUCUACAGUUGUAGUUGAUUGACUGUCUCGUCCGUCAACGAGCCUUCUGGCCCUCCCAUCUGGAUUUUAAAAACUGAAAUCUUAAGAUUAUUCUUCAUUUACUCCCUUACAAGGGACACAGCUGUUCACUCUUUAUUUGUUUUCAUUCAUUUUUUGUUCUUGUUUUUUUAGAUAGACCGAAUGCUAAGGUUUGAGAGGAUGUGUUUGUCAGAGAAUGCAUCGGGAGGUUCUACGAUUGUACGGCGAUUUUUUUAGUGUGAAAAGCAUCACAUUCCACGUGUAUGGGGAUAAAUGUUAAGGUGAACUCAUGCAUAAUGUCCAUUCAGAAUUUAUAUGGUACUGAAGGCAAGAUAUAGCUACUAGAUACUACGUUAGUCUUAAAGAGACGACUGUGUGAGAGACUUAACUUCAUGGCGUGUAACUGUACCUGCAGAGGAAUGGCUGACAAGCAUGUCUGCUAAACAUGAGUUUUUGUUUGUUCGUUGGCUCGUAACCCUCAACUUGAAGCUGGUUGGUUUUUAAUCUUAUGAUUUCCUGAUAUGUUCUGAAUUGUUGGACAAAUUGUGUUUUCUUGUUACAUUUUCUUUUUCUAUAUGUCACUGUAGUGGAAGUUGUCCCAGUUUUGUACGUUCCCCUGUGGCUGCACUGACUUAUUAGCACUUAAAUGUGGAUAACCAUUGCAGUUGUGUCAAGUCAAGCGCUAAAACGCUAGCUUUCCAAUAGAUUUUUACUUUCUUGCAAACCAAUGGGCUGCUCUCUUUGUUUGGUUUUUACAUUAGCUCUGUGAUUUAAUUAGGCUGCUACAAUGCUGUUAUGCUGGCAUGGCAAAUAAAUGACUGAUGAAUUAGAUCUAUUCGGGGCAGUCUUAAACUUUUCAGUGUGAGUGUAAAUGGCCAGGGUGCAUUCUAGUGUCUCUACUUCAAGGUCGGCCCCUCACGCUCCUGUUACCUUUCUCAUUUUGCAGAGACUGGGUUACACGAUAUGUUUAAAAGGGCAACGGGCCCUGAGUUUGUUUGAAAAGUGGAAAAAGUGUGAAGCUUUAUAUGAAAACAUUCCGUUGAAAGAGCCCCAGGCCCCUUUUUGUGCGAUUGAUCCAGUAACUUUACAGGAAAUGAAAGAAACAACGAAGAGGUGAAGAAUGGGCGUAACCCUCAACUUGAAGCUGUUAGAGUUCCUUAAAAAAAAAAAAAAAACACAACUGUUUAGCAUAUUCUCUGCUCACCAUUGUGAAACUCUUCUGCCCCCUUCUCCUCCUCCCCCGAUGUCAGUUACCCCUCCAGUGUUUCUCUGUGCUUCCUAUAAGCCCACUCCUGCCUCCCUCCUCCCCGGCCCCUCCUUGCCUGUGUAAGUGUAUUUAAAAGACCGUGUAGAUGUGUGAACACUUUCCGAUGUUUGAGACGUACUGAUGACAAAUGCUCCUACAGGAUGACGACAACAGAAAUAAAGAAAAUAAAAACAGG